AAAAGGGUCUUGACUGCGAAAUAAAAAUAUAAAUUGCUCUUAAACGAACAAACAAGUUUAGCUUGUAAUAACUUUUACAAAGAACGUAUUUGUCUUUAGAUAAAUGUGAUUAUAUUUUUGGAAAUAAAUAAGAAUAACCCUCAAAGAUGCUGCCUUAUAUCAUUGCAGCUGCCAUAACAGCUAUUAUUUUAAUAAUCUUAACAAUAGUUAUCUUUCCAAAAUUACAAGGAAAAUCGUCAAAUGCAGCGAGGCCAAGGGCAGUCGCUCAAAGAGAUGGAGGUCCAGGAAGAGUCCAGGCAGUUAGGAACCAACGAGCUAGAAUGAGAGCUAAUGCUGCCCGUCAUCAAGCACCCCUUAUAGAAGAGGAACCUAAUGCUGCAGAUGAUGCUGAAGAUGGCAUUCCUGAGGCGGAAAAGGUUGAAUUUGAUGACAAGAUGGGUGCCAAGAAAAGAGCUAAAAUGGAAGCAAAGUUGGAAAAGAAGAAGGCAAGAGAAGCUGAAGAACAAAUGCGUGAACUGAGAAAGAAACGCGAAGAAGAUUUAGAAGAAGAAAGGAGGAAGGCGGAGGAAAAAAGAGAGGAAGAGGAACGUAAGGUGGAAGAAGCCGCAAAGAAGGCUGAAGAAGAACGAAAAAAACGCGAACAAGAAGAGUAUGAAGCUAUGAAAGCAGCAUUCUCCGUGGAAGGUGAGGGCUUCGAAGAGAGUGAAGCUGACGGAGAAAAUCUUCUCAAGGAGUUUGUUGAUUAUAUCAAGGCACAAAAAGUCGUUUUACUAGAGGAUCUGGCAGGACAUUUCAAGAUAAAAACACAAGCGGCUAUCGAUAGGAUAACUGAUCUACAGGCUUCUGGCGAAUUAACAGGUGUUAUAGAUGAUAGAGGAAAAUUUAUUUAUAUAUCACAGAAAGAACUUGAAGAGGUCGCAAAAUUUAUACGGCAAAGAGGGAGAGUCUCAAUCACAGACCUAGCAGAGAGCAGCAACGACCUCAUUAAUUUAAGCCCUGUUACAGUAACAUAGUUAUAAUAAAAAAUAUCUUGACACAAAUAUGUACAAUCUGUUUACGGUUAAGACAAAGUUUAUUUUGUUAUUGUUAAGUAUAGAUUAAAUAAACAAGAGGUUUAUAAGAAUAA